AUGCUGAGGGAGGGAAUUCGGCCGCCAACAGACCGAGAGGAGACUCAGACCAGCGUGGCCCCUCCCUCGAGGAUAGCGGCCCCUGGCACUGCUCAGGCGUACCCAGCCGGUGCGCUCCUGCUCGCACAGCUCCGGUCGCCUCUCCGGAGCGCGGACUCAGGCACAGCCCGCACCAGCAGAGCGGCGCUGUCCGGGGCGUCCCCGCGCACCGUGCCCGCUGACCUGGGACCUCGAACCCCGGACGGGCGCGAAAGCCACUCGGAACGCUUGCAUUUCUGGAGCGCGGCGACUGUCCUUGAGCGCGGAGGGGCGAGCUCGCCGCCAGAGCGCCGGAGCAAGAGGAGGCGCAGGAGCGGCGGCGGCGGCGCCCGAGCACCCGAGGGGGUCCGAGCCCCGGCAGCCGGCCAGCCCCGCGCCACAAAGGGAGCGCCCCCGCCGCCUGGCACGCCACCUCCCUCCCCAAUGUCCUCGGCCAUCGAGCGGAAGAGCCUGGACCCGUCUGAGGAGCCAGUGGACGAGGUGCUGCAGAUCCCCCCGUCCCUGCUGACAUGCGGAGGCUGCCAGCAGAACAUCGGGGACCGCUACUUCCUGAAGGCCAUCGACCAGUACUGGCACGAGGACUGCCUGAGCUGUGACCUGUGCGGGUGCCGGCUGGGCGAGGUGGGCCGGCGCCUCUACUACAAGCUGGGCCGGAAGCUCUGCCGGAGAGACUACCUCAGGCUUUUUGGCCAAGAUGGUCUCUGCGCAUCCUGUGACAAGCGGAUCCGAGCCUACGAGAUGACGAUGCGGGUGAAAGACAAGGUGUACCACCUGGAAUGCUUCAAAUGCGCCGCCUGUCAGAAGCAUUUCUGUGUGGGCGACAGAUACCUCCUCAUCAACUCUGACAUAGUGUGCGAGCAGGACAUCUACGAGUGGACUAAGAUGAAUGGAAUGAUAUAGGCUAGAGUCCCCACGUCUUUGGGGAGGGUUUUCACUGAAAGUCACUGUCUCCGUGGGGUCUUCACUCUUAGGCACUUUGGGGAUUUGAGGGUGGGAUGAGGCAUUUCUGAGGGGAUGGUAGACCCUAAUUGGACACCAAGACACAGCACCCAAGUGACACUACAAGGGACAAGACUUAAAUGUGACAAAGUGACUGGCCUUCAGGGAGAACUUAUGGACAAUGGCCACAGCCUGUCCUUGGUAACUGACAUGAUUAGUGUGGAGAGGAGCGUUUGGGGUGCAAGCAGGCACUGUGCCACCAUGCUGGAACGCCACAUCUACAGAGAGGGAACGUGUGUGCAGACGUGUUGUGACUUUGACCCUUGAAAUCUAGAGAUGUGCAAUUGAUUUCUUUUCUUCCUGGCUUUAUGACGGCCCUGUUCCAGUCACUGUCUUCCAUACAGGGAAGGACAGAGAGGAGAGUGCUGUCCUUUUCUUUGUGGCCACCUCCCCAAGGCCUUAAGUUUGGACCUAAGGGAAACUGCACGGAGACACAUUUUAGUUGAAAAUGGAAACUGCAACUUUUAACCAAACAAUUAUUGAAAGCAAUGCUGAUGAAUCACUGUUUUUAGACACCUUAGUUUUGAGGUGAGGAGUUCCACAUAUUGUUUCUACACAAAUGUAAAUCUAAAAAAAAAAAAAAUUGUUCAACUAUUUUAUUAUCUUAGAUUAUAUCAAAGUAUUUGUUGUGUGUAGUUAAAAAAAACUGCAGACAAUAAAAAUGACAGACUAAAAUGCGGUGUUGUUGAUUUGAUAAUGACUUAUAAUUUGGGAUGGCAGGAAAAUGGCUUUUUCUAUUGUAAAGGAGAAGUAAAUAAGCAAUUUACUCUUAGGACAAAUAAAAACUUCCGUUUAUUGCGAGGGUUUGUGUGAGACAGGCACGUUUCUGUAUGAGCAGCAAUCAUGUUAACAGGUCAUCGUGCAGCUCAGAGGGCUGUAGAAUGAAGGGAAGGCAAGAUCAUUGCCUUUGGGAACCUGUAACCUAGAAAGGACACAAAUACAUAAAACAGACUCCCUUUGGGAGAGAAGGUAGUUACCUAGUUUGAAAUGUGGCAAAGAUGCUGAGCUUGACACUGCGAUUUUCCAAGACGUGUGUCUCGGGGUGUUUCAUGACAAGCGGUGGAGAGGACCUCCGUGGGAGGAUGCAGAGCAGGCACCCUGGGCCAGGCUGCCGGGAACUGGCUCAGAGCGCCACCUGCUGGCCUUCAUCUCAGCUCGCUAGUUCAGGCCUGUGCUGAUGAAAGACAAACCUAGAUGGGUUUGCUUCUCAACUGUUUCGUAAAA